CCCGCUUAUAAAUAGUAAGAAUUAAAAAAAUAAAAGAAAGUAUCGUUACGGAUCGCGUACAUAACACAUGAUACAGCGAGUAGAUGUGAAAGAUGUAGUUAGAUCUAGUAAAUGUAAUAUAUCUAAAGUAUAAAAGUAGUGAUGACCUAGAAUGCAACAAACUAUCAAAUCAAGUUGAGAGAAAAAGGCAUGAAAGAAACUCACAGCACACCUGUGUAGCUAACUAUAACUGUACGUACGCAUUGUAAAUAAAUUCAUCGAUGUGUGCGCUCGUUGAAUUUUAAGUAGGAAAAGCCGAAAGGAAUGUGAAGUAAUAUAACUACGAUCUUGCUAACAAUAUUAUCAGACACCUGUCAGAGUUACCGAGUUAAUGUCAGCUCUGUUAUUGUUCAGUGAUUUAUUUUUAUUUAAAUGAUUUGUUGUUUUGACAGUGGGAAUAAAGUUGUUCAAAAAUGCCGGAUAGUAUUGAAGAGAAUAUACGACGGGUUUUAGGAGGAUUUAAAUUGGAUGAUGGAGAAGAAAUUUGUGAUUAUCCUCUGGGACAGCAGAAUGAAAUUAUUGAAACAAAAGGAAUAAAACCAACAUCGACCUCCAACUACCUUCCAAUAUGUCAAAAAACAGUCACCUACAUAGUAGCAGCAGUGAUAAUAAACGACAAAGACCAAGUGCUGAUGAUUCAAGAAGCAAAGGCAUCUUGUGCCGGAAAAUGGUACUUACCUGCUGGAAGAGUCCAGCCGAAUGAGUCGCUGAUAGCAGCAGUGAAGCGGGAGGUGUUGGAAGAAACCGGGUUGACGAUGGAGCCCAAAUCGUUGCUGAUGGUCGAGUGUGCCAGCGGUUCUUGGUUCAGGUUCGUCAUGCUGGGUGAUGUAACCGGCGGAGUGCUCAAGACACCCGACCAAGCUGACCAGGAGUCCUUGCAAGCUUCAUGGGUCAGCAAUGUCGACGAUUUAUCGCUUAGGUCGACUGAUAUCUUGCCUCUGAUUCAGCGCGCGAGGGAUCACAAGAGUGGAGGCAAUCCACCUUGGCAUUUACCUCUGCUGCCGGUUGAAAAAUCAUCGAGCAAACUUUUCAUACGGCUUAUUGUCUGUAUAAAAAGAAAAGCUACCAACCGGAUGCAUGUUUUAAUAUCGGAAAAAAAUUAUUUACAUUUACCGGUUUGUGAAAUUAAUCCCAGUAAGAAUUUACAUUCAACUUUACAUAAAUUUAUGGUGGAAAUUUUUGGCCACAAUGUAGCUCAACACAGACCUCACGGAUUAUUAUCAGUAGAAUACAGCGGAGAACAACCAGGCGACGGUGUUUGCUUUACAAUACUAGUGUCAUUCCGUCCAGCUCUUGAAGAAGUUCCUAUCAUGGGGAAAUACGUCUGGCAUGAAGUCAGUAAGAAUAUUGCUGAAUUAAUUGCUACGAGGUUACCUCGCAAUAUGGCUAUACCAUUGAAUGUAGUUCGCUGAUUAAUUUAUUUACAAAAAAUUAAUUCUUAAUUU